AUGGAAUCAGAGGAGGUGGUCCGGGGAAUGCUGUACCUGUCUCUCACUGUGGUUGGAGUUCCAGGAAACAUUGCUGUCAUCGUGGCAUUCCUCCUGGCACGGUACCAGGAGCAUCAGCUUCUUCCUGCUGACGCCAUUGUGCUGCACCUGGCCUGUGCCAACCUGCUGGUGGUAAGCGUGCGCUGUCUGCUGGAGACCCUGGCCACCUUCCGCCUGGUCAACAUCUUCGGGGAUACGGGCUGCCAGGGGGUGAUCUUUGUCUACCGUACGUCUCGCUCCCUCUCCAUCUGGCUCACCUUUGUGCUGAGUGCCUACCAGUGCCUGAGCAUCGCUACUCCCGGCUCCCGCUGGGCCUCCAUCCGUGUCCUGGUGGCUCGCUACCUGGCAGUGAUCUUCCUCACCCUUUGGGUCAUCAAUACCUCCAUGAGCUCGGCAGCCAUAGCCUUCACCCUGGGCUCCCGGAAUGACUCGGUCAACAUGCAGCACAGCAUUAAUGUUCAAUUCUGCUAUGUUCGCUUUCCUACUAUGCAGUCCAAACAGGUGAACGGGGCUGUCCAGGUAGGGAGGGACGUGGUACCUAUGGGCAUGAUGACCCUGGCCAGUCUGGUCAUCCUUUUGUUCCUGUACCGCUACAGCCAACAGGUGAAGGGACUCCGCAGCAGCUCUGGGGCCAGCGGUGGGGCAGAGCAGCGGGCGGCUAAGGCUGUAGUGGCCUUGGUGACCCUGUAUGUGGUCCUCUAUGGGGUGGAUAAUGGACUGUGGGUAUACACCCUCACCAUGAGGAAGACCAUGAACUCCUCACUGAUCUCAGACCUGCGCAUAUUCUUCUCGUCGCUGUAUGCAGCGCUCAGCCCCCUGGUGAUCAUAGCCACCAACAGGAAGGUGAACAGCAGGCUAAGGUGUGUGGUGCAGGAGAGGCCCGUUCAGGACAAAGUCACUACACUAUCUACUGUGUGAGUUAGGGACUUAUUGUAGUAAGAUGGUAACAAAGAUGAAUAAUGUUGAUUAUAAAUUAAUUAUGUUGCUAUUAGAAUAUGGAGUAGAAAACUUAUAGACCCAACAUUGUACAUUGUUAAAGGCGUGGCAAAAGUAUCUUGACCUCUUGUACUCACAUUUUUUAAGAAUACUUUUCUUCUGUUUAAUAUUGUUUAAUAUACUGUAUAAAGUUAAUGUUUGAGCUGUUUUGAUUAUUAUAUGGAAAAGUUGGUGGUAAGCUUGGAUUGAUGGAACUCAAAGGUCAUGAAACCAAUAUAUUGCUACAAAUGUGCCUAGAACAUGCCUACAAAUCAAAAAAUGAGCAUUGCAAGUAGUGUUUGAGCCUUUUCUAUCAAAGUCCUAUUAGUAAAAUUGCCAUGAUAUCAAUCAUUCCAUAUUUGUCCUGUUAUUGCUUUGUUUGUUCAUUCAUUAUGCUCCUUCAUCUUAAUUGGAUGGAAACAUUAUAACUGGAUGACUAACAGCACACUAUAGCUGUCAAAUGACUUCCAGCAGUCUCUUUCAUUGUUAUUAACAAUUUGAAUGAGGUCUGUGAAGCGUCACACUGUUAUUGAAAUGGAUGUUAAUUGCCCCACAGAGACCCAGGUACAGUCGCAUGAGAAAACCAACUCUCUUUAGGACAAGAAAGAUUCACUCUGAAAAUAAAUAUCUGAUGUAAAUGUGAUAAGGAUGGUUUUCAUUUAUAGGUCAAAUAAUAAAGAUGGGACUACUAAGAUAAUAGUAUAUGAUUGGUUGACAUUAUAAAUGUAGACAUUUCCAUCAAAUUAGAUGUUAGAUUAAGUUGCAUGAGCUGUUAUCCCCUUGAUUGACUGACUUGCUAGGGGUGAUAUUUGCCAUUUGCAUGUAGUUAUAUUCCACUUCCGGAAUACAAGGGCUGAGUAAAAUGGACUAGGAGGGGUGGGGUUAGGGGUGUCUGUAUGACAACUUCAAAACCUCAUGAUUUAUGUACAAAGAGUGAGUCAUGA